AUGACAUUCGAAUUGGACCCCUACUGGUACGGUCCAGACUGCGUUCUCGAGGCCGACGUCAGAAAGACUAUGUGGCUCCCUAACGGAGACCUCAUCAGCCACGACUACAGGCGUAUCUUGCUUAAGUGGGCGCCCGGCGAGUUCCAGUACUUCGCCCACCAACAGCAUUACGGCCAGGAGGAUCCCAGAGCCAGAGACAUCGCUCAACAGAUUUACUGGCACAAGGUGAGGGAAGAGUUCGAGGAGAAGACCCGCUGGUGUGAGUUCGUCACCAAAUGGAAAGAGAACAUCAGAGAGAAGGUGAAGAAUAUUAAGGCCGAGCGCCUUGCUAACGACAACGAGUCGUUGGAAGUACAGGUGCCUGUUGAGGUACCCGAGGUCUGCCCUGAGCAGGUCCCAGACAAGACUAUCAGCAUCGACGACGAUAAGGAAUGCGCCGAGGCACCAUCGAAGGCCGCCGACGAGCAGCAAGAUGCUGAAGGGGGUGACGUCGAGGAGAAGGAUGACGACGGUGACAACAAGAAGGAUGAUGACGAUGAGAUGGAGAAGAAGGAGGAUGACAAAGACGACUCCAUGUUGGAGAGUGACAAUAGUGAUAUGGACAAACCUCAGGAGUCCAGUACCACUGAGACAACACCAGAGCAGCUGCCGAAGCCAUCGAAAGUCAAGCUCUUGGCGCUUAAAUCGGAUAACGAGUUGGGGAGCUCGAAGUCUGAUGAGGGCACCGAGAAGGAAAAGGGCACCAAGGCCCGCAAGGUUAUUGGCAAGGGGAAGCGUCUGAAGAACAACGAGAAGAGGGAAGCCAAGAAAGCUGCCAAAAAGGCCAUUUCGUCUGCUUUGCUGGACCAAAGCAGCAUGUUUAAGCUUUCGAAGCUUGGGAAAGCCUGA